CUUUAAACCCCCAUGACAUAACGCGUCUUUGCAUUCGAACACUCAUGACUGCGCAAACCCCUCCUGGCGGCGAGCUCCUGACAAUGUGUUCACGGAGUCGGCCAGCUACAUGGAAGUUGUGGUGCGGACACGGUCUGGUAUCUCCCGCUCGAGGAAUGGGUGCAGUACCUGCAAGAAACGGCGUGUUAAAUGUGACGAGGCUCGCCCAAAGUGCCAGCGAUGCAGAGUAAGUGGUCAUGAGUGCCAAUUCGACAGCAGUCCGUCCGCCGGGCAGGGUGCGUCCGUGACAUUCAUCAAUUAUACUCCAGGACAUUUACAAUCCCAACUCACAAGUCAUCCGAAUGCCGAUUGUCAGGAGUUGCGAGCUCUGGAGUUUUUCCACGAGCGAAGUGUCCCCGAGAUCCCAGGCCAGACUUACACCGACCUAUGGGGUAAGUACUUGCUGCCAAUGGCUCAUCAUGAGCCCGCCCUACGGCACGCAAUGGUUGCGCUUGGGAAGCUGCACGAAGGUUACUUGAUUUCGGCUUCAACCAAUCAGUAUGCUCUACAUCAAUAUGGCAAGGCUAUCAACCUCAUCACUAAAAUGGACUCUUCGAGCCCCAGCGCGUUCGACACUGCACUGGCAAGUUGCGUUCUGUUUGCGGCAAUAGAGACCUUGAUGGGCCACCCCAGGAGUUCUGUAAUGCACGUGUUGUCCGGCAUGAAGAUACUGAAACAAGGUGGACGAUAUAGAGAUGGCUUCAUCCCACGAGAUCAACUUGCUGGAUUAUUUGAUCGAACCGCAUGUCAAGCUCUGGAGAUAGGCGACUUCGAGACUUUGUCGCAGAGUUCUCCUCCAGAAGGCUUUCCCGUUCCGGACACGUUCGCUUCGACGCGGGAAGCAGUUCGCUCGCUUGAAGCUUUCCAGUACUAUACGCUACGGCUGUUCCAAGAUACCAUGAUGAUCCCGGAUAGCACCAUGUCGGCGGAGGAGGAGAAGAUGGCACUGCUUGCUGCGACGCUUACAAAAUCUCGAGAUCUUGCCGGAAAAUGGACAGCCGCUUGUGAGCGUUUUCUAGCCUCAGAGACGACAACAGACCAUCCAGCACAUCUGAUCCUCAGGAUCAUGAUCGAGGCAACAUAUAUCCAGCUGAAUGCUCCACAAGAAUGUGAUUUCGAUCAAUUCACCAGUAGAUUCAAGCGGAUAACCGAGUGGGCAGAGAUGUAUCUGCGUAGGACAAUCACGGCGCAGGCGACUGCUGAGCGACCUCGUCUAUCCGAUGCGGUCAAGCAGAGCUCGCUUUCGACGUCGACAUCUUCGGUGGGAACAUUCAUCGCAUCGACGACGCCUUUGGACAAGGAGAAAACGAUACAUCGAGACAGAAAGCUGCUUCCAAGACCAGAGGAAGUGAUGCGUCCUACCUUUACUAUGUCCUCAGGGGUCAUUCCACACUUGUACAUGGCGUCUGCACGUUGCCGCGAUCCAGUUAUACGUCGUCAAGCACUGCGACUGCUCCGCGCCAGCAAUCGCCGAGAAGGGCUGUGGGACUCACAGCUCACAGCCAGAGUUGCAGAAAGAGUCAUGCUCAUCGAGGAGCACAAUGCAAGACGCAUCCUAGGCUUACAGGAAGAUGGACCCCUGACGGAUUGCUCCCAAAUCCACUUACCUGCUCGGAUCACCGCGACGAGCGUACAGUUUGGACAGAACAGGGAAGGUGUGGUUACAUAUGCGUCGCGAGACCCAAGUGCUCCGAGGGUGCAAACAACAGAGAGAAUAUCUUGGUAAUAGCACGUUCACAGCCGUAGUCCUCUUCUGUCCUGUAUUGUUAUUCCAGAUCAGGGCAUAACGGACGUCCUCGACUUCUAAGGGUGAAGCUUACCUAGAUCAGCUCCCAACAAGCCUUGCUUGGCGGGCGUCAUUGGCAGCUCCAGCCCCGGAGCACUCACAGGCACACUCGAACUGCUUACGACCCGCAUCCACGUCGCC